CCACUCCACGCCGAGGCUGGGACGGAGCCCCUGCUCUGCCCCGCGCUCCGACCCGUGUGCCCCGCAGGCGCGCGCGCCCGGACCGCACGCAGAUCCACCGCAAGAUUUAAAAGCGCAUUGGUGCGUUUUCUACCAGCUCCCCAUCAUCUUACUAGGGAGGCAGAAGCGGGCACCACCUGCACCACCAAGGCAGUGAUGGCUCUGCAGAGGACCCAUUCUUUGCUUCUACUUUUGCUGCUGACCCUGCUAGGGUUGGGGCUGGUGCAGCCUUCCUAUGGCCAGGAUCGCAUGUACCAACGGUUUCUGCGGCAACACGUCGACCCUCUGGAGACAGGCGGCAAUGAUAAUUACUGCAACUUGAUGAUGCAAAGACGGAGGAUGACCUUACAUCGGUGUAAGAGCUUCAACACCUUCAUCCAUGAAGACAUCUGGAGCAUUCGUAGCAUCUGCAGCACCGAAAAUAUCCAGUGCAAGAAUGGCAAGAUGAACUGUCAUGAGGGUGUAGUGAAGGUCACAGACUGCAAGGAGACAGGAAGUUCCAGGGCCCCCAACUGCAGAUAUCGGGCUAUGGCAAGCACCAGGCGAGUGGUAGUUGCCUGUGAGGGUAACCCGGAGGUGCCUGUGCACUUUGACAAAUAAAUGCCAUCCUCCAGGUGCAAUAGCCAGUGGUUGGCCUCUGAUUUACUCCAAAACAACAAUGAGUAAUGCAUUUAAAAUAUCUUGGGCUUGGUCUCCUCUGCUUGUUAUUUACACUUUCCCUCUAUGUAACCUAUUUUAUUAAAUACAUUGUAUCCAAGAGAAAUAGAGACAAACCUGUAUUGAGUCCAGGCUUUUCUGCAAUAAACUUCUUCAUAAAAGACAAGUCAACUUAGCUCUUUCAGAUCCUAGACUCUGGAUCAAGUCAUUACGUGUAUUUAUAUCACAUUUCAAGCAUUUUAAAGUACUUUCUUCUCAGUUAUCUCAUUUUCAUACCCCCAUACCUCUUUUAUGCUGAAAAUGCUAUUAAUGAAAUUUACUGAAGACCAUCAAGUCAAUGGAAGAUCUGAGACAAAAGUUCAGUUGAACUGACUCCUCAUUCAGGGUUUUUUCUGUUCAUCACAAGGUGUGUUUUGAAAGUGUCUGCUUUUGGUUAUUCCCAAAAGUCAGCCAUUUGGGGAGUCAUUAAAUGUUUUGGAAAUAACUUACUGGUAAAAUUAGAGCUCUGUGUUAUUUGACAUUUUUAUGUCCGUGUCUGAUUAGAUCAAAGAAUGGUAUUACAAAUUUUCUCUUUUUCUUCCCAAACUUUUGAUUUACCCUAAUAAGUUAGGGUAUUAAAAACAUACUAGCUCAAUAAGAUUAAUUUACUCUUGAAGUCAGGCAGAGUGGAACAGACCUGUAAUCCUAGCCACUUGGGAGCCUGAGGCAGGAAGAUGCAAGUUGGAGAUCACCCUGGAUAACUUAGUGAAACCUCAUCUCAAAAUAAAAACUAAGAAUGACUGGGGAUGUCACUCAGUGGUAGAGCACCCCUGGGUUCAAUUCACAGAAUUGAUAAACAAAAAAGACUCUUCCUGACUAAAAGAGUGUUCAUGUUUUCCUGUAAUUGUAAUAAAAGGCCUAAUCUGCAGGUAUCUAGAAAGAC